AAGGUAGAAGGUUGGUCACGUGAGCUCGGCGCGUUUCCGGGUCUGGUCUUGUUCCGCAGGAGGAGAAACUCACGGCGGGUGAUCGAUGUAGGUGAUCGAUGAGUGACGCGGCUGUGUGACGUCAUGUCCAAACAGAAGAGUCUGAUCAUCACAGACGAUGAGGACUUGAACCCGUUCUCCUUCAGAGAGUUCCUACGCUGGAAGAACGAGGACCAGGGCCAGGACCUGAACCAGGACCUGAACCCAGAAGAAGACCAGGGCCAUCUGUUUGACCCUGAGGUCAGCAGCUGUUUCUUCUCUGAGGCCUCUCCACAGGGGGACGAGGAGGAGGGCCGGGGGCGGAGCUUCCUUUCAGGUGUAGGCAGCAUGUCGUCGGUCUGCACGGAGGAAGACGUGGAGGAGGAGGAGACCAGGUUCUCCACCAAACCGGAAGUCCAGUCGGGACUCUUUACCGGGACCCCAGUCGCGGGAGGAGGAGGUGCAGAGAACUAUGAAGGAGAUGACGAGAUCUCCAUUGCUGAAGCAGUCACUUCCUGCAGGAGGAGAAGCAGCAGAGGCAACCAGAUCCAAGAGCUGAAGGAGGAGAACAUCUCCUUGAGGAACUCCAUCAGGGAGCUGCAGAGGAGAUCGGAUGCUAACGAGCACAGGGUGGCGGCACUGUCAGAGGAGCUUGUCCAGAGGAGGCGUCAGGAGGAGAAGGAGGCUCUGGACCUGGAGAGCAUGGUUCACUCUGUGGAGCAGAACCUCCACCUGAUGACUAAGCGAGCCUUGAAAGCAGAGAGCUGUGUCUCCAGGCUGAAGGUGGAGCUGAUGCAGCUUCAGGUGGAGGUUGACACUCUACAGUCAGAGAACCACAGUCUAAAAGCAGCGGAGUCGGAGAUCGUCAUGACGAUGAGACACAAUGCUCACGUUGCAUCUGAGUACCUUAACAAGACGGCAAGCCACGCCCACUCCUCCAUCCGUCGACUUCUGGGGGAAGCAGAAACUCUCAGUCUGGUUUCUCAGCUGCUGCAGUCCAUCGACAAGAUCUCCAACAUGGACUCAGAAUCCUGAAUCUCCUGCAGACCCCCAGACCCCCUCCAGUCCCUUAGACAUCCUCCGGAGCCCUAGACCCCCUCCAGUCCCUUAGACAUCCUCCGGAGCCCUAGACCCCCUCCAGACCCUUAGACAUCCUCCAGACCCCCAGACCCCCUCCAGUCCCUUAGACAUCCUCCGGAGCCCUAGACCCCCUCCAGUCCCAUAGACCUUGAGAAGUAAUGUUGUAAACCUUUGAUGACAUCACAGUUGCUCAAUGGCAUCUUGCUGCUCAUUGGUCGGUUUUGUUUUUAUUUGCCAGUAAAAAUAUGAAAAAAUAUAAAGCAUCUGCAUCUUGUUAUUUAAUUAAAUGAUGAACUCUUCUGUUUGAUCAUG